CAACUCUGCGAUUCUAUGAUUCUUGAACUCGGUGCCAAAAAUGCCAGUCUAAAAUGGAGCAAUUUAGAUACCAAAUUAGUAAUCUUUAUAUUAAUAUAGAUAAACAUGAUUAACAGAUUGUACAGCUGUGAAUGCCAACUUCCUAGUCAUGUAGUGAAAAACCAGACAAAUAUGACAGCCACCUGACUGACACAGAGAAGCCACAUGAACUGACUUCUGGCAGACCUUGAAAACAUUGCGGCCUGUUAUCAGGGAUUCACAGACACAACUGUGAUGGUGCUUCCUGGAAACUGGCACAACGUUAACAUGACAUCUAAUUCAGAAAGCCCACUUGCUGGCUAUGAGCCAUCAGAGAGCCAAGGCUCAAAAUUGAUGAGAAAAUCCCGGGAGUCUCCAUUUGUCCCAGUUGGCAUUGCAGGCUUUGCAGCUGUGGUGGCCUAUGGGCUCUACAAGCUGAAGCACCGAGGGGACACCAAAAUGUCGGUUCACCUGAUCCACAUGCGAGUGGCAGCGCAAGGCUUUGUCGUUGGGGCCAUGACGUGUGGUGUGCUGUAUUCCAUGUAUCGAGAAUACUGGGCCAAGCCCAAGCCCUAGGACAGAGGGCCAGUGGAAGCCUGUGUGUGCCGGUGUUCUUAUGUACUCUAGAUCUAGACCUCACAUGGAAACGGUGCUUCAAAGAAUACAAGGGUGCAGCUGUUAACUGGGCACAUCUCACACAUGAUGUCACAAGUGUACGCUGCCAGCAUUACCCUAGAUUAUUUUCCCUCUGUCUUGAGCAAGACCAUCAACUGAUGUUUUACAGAUCAAAAUGCCUUUUCACUAUUUCACACUUGGGAUUGUUCCUGCAAGUUGUGGUUUAAGAGGGCAAGUGAGAAAUCGGGAGAGGGUUCCAGGUGCUUCUGAGAUUGUUCCUUCAAGAAAUGACAAGAAGUUUAACCUUUCAGUCACUUAUUUCUUUAAAUCCCCAUAGAACAAAUGUUGUGGAAUAUUAAUCUUCACAGUGUGAGCCUUAAAAAGGAGUGGAUUAAACUAUUUUAAGUCCUUUAUUUAUUGCACAAUAUUAAAUGUGGAAGUUUUAACUUAUUUGACUGAAAAUGGCAUUGCAGCUGCUUAAAUUUUUGUAUUGCACAAUUCUUUGGGGUGUGUCUAUCGCAUUUACAGUAAAGGGCUUAUGCGCUGCUUUUUAUUUUUUAUGGGUGACGGUGGUAGAGGCUUUAGGGUGGGAAACAUGUGGCCCUCCAGAUAAUGAACUGCCAUUCCUCUGGGUCCUGGUCAGCAUCCUCAGUGGUGAGGGGCAGGAGGAAUUGCAGUUUAGGCACGUCUCGAGGGUCACGCAUUUCCCAUCCCUGCUGCAGUUAGAAAAUUAGCAGUAAAUGAACAGGGCCAAAAAUAACUUGUUUUGAUUUUUGGGAUAAAUGGGAACUUAGGAAUGUGAAUGUCUUUGAAGAAUUGUCCUGGGCAAUGGGCCAUAAUGUUUGUUUGCUUUUGGGCAGCCAGCCAAAAUAUACUCUUUCAACAAUUCGGCCCCUUUUCCCUGGAUGGGGUGGCCCUCUUGGUGAUUUGACCCCACAGCAGUUCAAGGCGGGUUGCUGCCUUUCCAGUUCAGGAUUGUUGGGAAGGAAGGAGGGCUGGUCUCUGGGAGCCAUGGCUUAGCUCUCAGCUGGAUGUUUGGCUGUUUUCUCCGCUGCCUCAUGGCGCAGCAUGAAGGCCCUGGUGGCCAGCUGAUUUAGCCGGUAUCCACCCUCAGCACCCAUAAAUCAUGAGGUCUAACCUGUUGGUGUCCUACUGACAAAACUGUGGCUGCCAUGGAAUUUAAAAUCUGUAAAAUUCAGGGCUUCCUUUUGGUCAUGUUCCUUGGUUUUAAUAAUUGUGUUUCAUGUGUUGCUAACCAAGUGUGCUGCAUCAGUCUAAUCCACUGACUGGUUUUAUUAAAGGAUACGUACAUAAGAACAGUU